AUGGCUGCUGACUGCGGGAGUAGGGAGGAGAUGUGGAGCCUGGCCGACGCCACCGCGCUCGUCACCGGCGGCAGCAAAGGGAUAGGACAUGCCAUCGUGGAGGAGCUUGCUAGGUUUGGGGCGAGGGUGCACACCUGCUCCCGGAACGCAGCGGAGCUGGAGGAGUGCCGCCGGCGGUGGGAGGAGAAGAACCUCCAGGUCACCGUCUCUGUCUGUGAUGUGUCCGUAGGUGCCGACAGGGAGAAGCUUAUGGAAACGGUCCGACAAACCUUCGACUCCAAGCUCGACAUACUAGUGAACAAUGCGGCACAAUUGUUCUACAAGCCCACUGUUGGAUGUACAGCGGAGGAAUACUCGAACCUGAUGACCACCAACUUGGAGUCGACCUUCCAUCUCAGCCAACUCGCGCACCCUCUUCUCCUACACGCUUCUAUUGCCGGAGGAGGCACCAUCAUCAACAUGUCCUCUAUUGGAGGCUCAAUCGGCUUUGCAGGCUACACAAUUUAUGCUACCACAAAAGGUGCAAUACACCAGCUUACGAGGAGUUUGGCCACCGAGUGGGGCCCCGACAACAUUCGUGUGAAUGCCAUCGCCCCAGGUUUUAUCACAACCGAUAUGAUUAAAGAUAUUGAUACAGAGUUUAUGAAGCAAGAGCACUUGAAGACCCCGUUGGGACGGAGCGGCAAGCCGGUGGAGAUCGCCACAGCAGUGUCAUUCCUAUGCAUGCCGGCAGCUUCUUUUAUCACCGGCCAAGUCAUUUGCAUCGAUGGUGGUCGAACUAUUAGUUCUUAACUAUCAAUUCCACUGAA